CGGGAAAUGUUGAGUGGGUGCUGGAUGAAUCGGGGAUUGACUGCUCUUGCCUGGUGAAAUCCAACUUGAGCGUCGAAGGUCUGACACUGAGAGCUCACGCACACAUGCUCUAGUAUCGACAGAUUGGGAGCGACGUGAGCUCACGUUACCGUGCCUACAAGCGUCCUCUGUGAGUGCAAAGCAGUCAAACGCAAAAAAAAGAGAGGAAACCGAGGAAAUCCCCAGAAAGGAAAUGCCAAUCGCAGCCACUGGACAGCCGACGACUCAAGAGCCCAGAGUUUACCCCCAACUGCCCUCCACCCCGGAGCCGGUCUCUAAAGGGGCUGAUUUAUUCGACGAGGCGGGGGCGGCGGACUCGGCGGAGCGGACAGAGUACGGGGGCGCAGAGGGGGGCAGAGGAGUCGGGGGCUAUAGUUAUAGUAGCAUUCGGAGCCUACUGCCUGCAUCCACCAACAGCUCUCCGCCGCAGUCUCCAGCUGCAUCCUCCUCUUUUCUUUUCCACUCGCUCCACGGCCACCAAAUGGCAAUGGAGCCCCCCAGGACUCGAUCGCGUUCCCGAUCUGGAUAUUACCAGCAGUAUAAUGGUGGGAAUGGAAUUACUGGCAGUGGAGUCAUAGGAACUAACCAGCAGUCGCACGUUGCCGGUGGUUGCGCUCUGCUUGGGGCUCACAGCAUCCACACAGAGAACCAGCAGCGAGCCCCGGGAAGUAACGCCUCUCCUGGCUUCCAGAGACUUCCCUCAUUUCCUGGAGCUCACCGCAUCCCGGCUGAAGGAGCCCCAGGUGGGUCCUACCACUGCCACCCAGAACAUGUUUAUGGGGAUGAAAGUGACAAGAGUGAGGAAAGCCCCAGUCCAAAGCGCCAGAGGCUGUCCAGUCAGGCUGUCUUAGAACAGCUAACCUCUUCCACCCCGCCACCAUCCACCCCUUCUCCCCCCAUCCGCCCCUGGGAGUCAGGACCUCCAAGCAGGAGAGUGUCUCACCCCCACGCACAGUACAACCAAGAGCGAUCUCUUACGCCUGCUCGCCACAGGCGCAGCCCCCCCGCCAGGCGUCCGCGCGGCCGCAUGUCAAGACCUUCUCGCCACUUGCCUCCUCAUCAGUCCUCUCCGCAAGGACCCGCACCCCGCCUGUCCCCAUCGGUUCUCCAGGACGAAAACUUACACCACAACCCACAUCCUUCACUCUACCCCACGCACACUCCCAGCACCUACAGUCAACCCCCCACACCUGGAACUGGUUCAGAGGAUCUCCGAGCUUUCCAUCCUCCCACCAUGUCCCCACGGCUACUGCAUCCAGCUGCACAUCACCACCAUCACCACCCUAGUCAUCACCAGCAGCAGCAUCACGCAACGUCACAGCAAGAGGCCAUGGUCUUAGACUUGCAUGAACAGCUCCAGCAGGGCAAUGUACCUGUCUCCUAUACUGUGACCCCAGUCGCUCCUCACGGCAUUGCAGCACCGCUGUGUAACGGUCACCUUCCCCCCAGCUGCUCUACACAACAACAAGUUCCUGCCUGCAGUGUGGUCUUCAGCACUGGACAGCACUACCACCCGAUGCUGCAGGCAUGUUCAAUGCAACAUUUGCCAGUCCCCUAUGCCUUUCCUUCUUUGCUGUCCAGCGACCCUCAGUUCCUUCUUCCCCCUCCACCUCAUCUCUCCCAUCACCCGCCACACAUUCACACCCAUGGCCAGUUCUUGCCUUUCCAGACCCAACAGCCACGAUCGCCGUUACAGAGGAUUGAAAAUGAGGUCGAACUUCUGGGAGAGCAGCUGUCGGUAGGUGGAGGUUUCGGCUACGGCCAUCACCACCACCAUCAUCAUCACCACCAGCCUCCCACUGCCCUCCCACCCUCAACACCACUCCACUUUCUUUCACACCAUGACCCCCUGUCACAAGAGCUCUUCACAAUGCCCUAUCCCCACUUCUUGCCUCGACGAUUCACCAGCCGGCGCUACCGCUCCCAGCAGACUGUGCCACCUUCAAGCUACCACCCCAGCUUUUUGCCUUACUUCUUGUCCAUGCUCCCUGUCCCGCCAAAUGUAGCUCCCACUAUCAGUCUUGAGCUGGACGUGGACGAUGGAGAGGUGGAGAACUAUGAGGCCUUGCUGAACCUUGCUGAGCGUCUUGGAGAGGCCAAGCCUCGUGGCUUAACUAAGGCAGAUAUAGAACAGCUGCCAUCUUACAGGUUCAACCCCAACAACCAUCAGUCUGAGCAAACACUGUGUGUGGUUUGUAUGUGUGACUUUGAGUCUCGCCAGCUUUUAAGAGUCCUACCCUGUAAUCAUGAGUUCCAUGCCAAAUGUGUAGACAAGUGGCUUAAGGCUAACCGUACUUGUCCUAUUUGUCGAGCUGAUGCAUCUGAGGUCCAACGGGAUUCUGAGUGACCAUCCCACCGCCCCACAAUCCUUCACUUGUUUUUGGGUGCACUAAACGGACAUCGUCAAGGACAUACAUUGGACCAGUAUUCCUUUGUGGCACAUCCCAGAUGACAAUGAACUGUACAACUAUAUUUUGCCCUCCACUGCGCUCUGCCUUGUGCGUGCACACUUUACAAAAAAAUUAAAAAUGGCCUUCGAGAACACCGCGUGCACAACAGACUCACAGACGCCGAACAGAAAAGACUUGUUUGAAAGAUUUUGUACUGUUUUCGUAACACAUUACAGGAGGAAUGGCAGUCCAAAGAUUUUGUGUGCACCAUUCUAGUGAAAUGUACUGGAAGUAUCUCCACCUCUGACCGCACAUUCUGUCCUCCCGACUUAUUUCAGUUGACGUACUCUGUUCAUUUUUAUUUUGGUGUGUGUAUUCUGGCAUUCCUCCGAAUGAGAUCAGCUUGUGUGGGGUAACAAAAAUAUUGUGCACUGUGAGUGAAUGCUGGGGAGACCGACUUUGCAACGGCAAAUAAUAUACUUUUUGUGUGCCUGCGUGCUUCUUUCUGUAUGUAUGGAGUCCCUUCCACAACAGCCCACAUGCAUAUACUAUGAUCUCUGUAAGGCCAUUGCCCCUAUGCUAUAAUGUAACUCCUAUUCACCCAGGACAGGAUUUGUGAUGUAACAUAUCACUAUUAAUCACACGUCAUUUGUCUCCAUAUGGCAACCAAACGCAGGCCUUACACAAAAAGUGCAUCAGAGUUGAUGGAAAUUGAUUUUUAUUUCAGUUGCAGUGCAAUGUUACCAUACGAGGAUGGAGCAAAUGUCGUUUUUUGUAGAUCAAAAAUCAUGUUUACUGAAAGUUGUUUUCUUACGUACCAGUCAUGUCUAUGGAAAAUAGUUAUUUUGUUUUACCCUGUGUAUUUAAAGGUGACUGGAUGUAUCUUUUGUGUUUUUGAAAUGUUUUGUUUAAUG